AUGUGUAAAGGAGUGACAGUUAAAGUGUCUCUUUUAGGAACUGAGAAAUUGAAACACCAUUUGAUUUUUAGAUUUAUCCCCGUUUUGUUCUGGGAAUCUACUGGGUAUUUUCGAGACGAUGUAGUCAACACUGCUAUAAGCGUAGUUAAAAAUGCGAGGAAGCUGAAAGAUAAAUUUUAG